AACAAUAAAAAAUACAACAAAAAUGAACGCUCUGAAGUUUUACACAAGUACAAUGACGUUAUCUGUCCCGCACACAAACGAACGAUAAAGCAAAUAACACCACUAUCUGUAGCUAUGUAGGCACACAGGCACGGCGGAGGCUCCCCGCAGCGGUCGACUGCGACUAGUACAUUGACAGCUGAAACCGUCAACAAAACGGGAAUAUUAUUGUCUUGUCUGCACGAAAACGUUCAGCCAACCAUUCACGCUUACGACGAAUCGCGGACAACACGUGGCCGGCGGGUAAUAUUAGAGCGCUCGCCGCGGCAUGGCACAGCGCACAGCGCACGACGCUCCCAGUCCGGCACAGCACGACGCGCCGUACCCACAUGUGUGCUAGCUGUCACACAACAUAAAUGUUACACUCGGCAACCCCAGUGUGUGUGAACACCGCGAACACCGACAAUGACCAACAACCGCAAGUGGAGGGAAUAUGUGGCCGCACUCAGUGCUACUUUGAUCGCGGCGGCGGCGGGUACCACAGUAGGCUGGACGUCUCCCACUCUACCCAUUCUACUAGCUCCAGACUCACCCAUCCAGACAUCAGCAGAUCAAAGCUCAUGGAUUGCUUCACUUAUGAUAUUAUGCUCAGCCGCAAGUCCUAUUCCUGCGUCGUACCUGGCGGACAGGAUCGGGACGAAGAAGACAUUGCUGCUUGCAUCAGUUCCUUACAUCAUUGGGUGGAUCCUGGUGAUGUUCGCGGGGAACGUGCCCACGAUCUACGCGUCGCGGCUCAUCUCCGGGCUGGGCUACGGCAUCGCGUACACCACCGCGCCUAUGUACCUCGGCGAGAUCGCCUCCGAUGACGUCAGAGGAGCCAUGGCAACGCUCAUCACUGUCAUGUCGAAGGCUGGUAUCCUGUCUCAAUACUGCAUCGGCCCCUACGUGUCCAUGCUGGGUUUGGCCAGCUUCAACAUCGCCAUCCCAAUCCUCUUCGUGGUAACAUUCAGUACCAUGCCGGAGUCACCGUACUUCUACAUUAAAUCCGGACAGAGACAAGAAGCGGAGUCAUCGUUAAAGAAACUCCGCGGCAAGGCCUACGUCAGAGAAGAGCUAGAGAGCAUGAACAGCCUAGUCACUGAGAAUAUGAAAGAAAAGGGUCGAUGGAAAGACUUAUUCACUGUGAGAGGAAAUAGAAAAGGUCUCAUUAUUCUAAUGGGCAUAUAUUUCACGCAACAGUUUUGCGGCAGUACUGCGAUUAUCGCGUAUGCUCAGCAGAUAUUCGGAGCGGCUGAGGGCGGUAUGGGAGCAAAGGAGUCGUGCAUUUUAUUCGGCACAGUGCAGCUGAUCACCUCGGCGAUGUCGUCACAGUUGGUCGACAGACUGGGGAGGAAGCCCCUGCUGCUAAUAUCCUCCUGUGGCGUCGGACUCUCGAACGUUAUAAUAGGUGCUUACUUCUACAUGAAACAUCUACAAAGCGACUACGUCGUUAGUUUGAAAUUUAUUCCUAAUGUUGUGAUACCUAUUUUUAUAUUCUCGUAUACUAUAGGCUUAGCAACAGUGCCGUUCGCAAUUACUUCCGAAAUAUUCCCCACAAACAUUAAAUCAAAGGCGACUUGUGUGAUCCAGAUAUUUGCGGCCUUAGUUACGUUCGCAGUAACGAAGUUAUAUCAAGUGGUCGCCGAUAAUUUAGGGAACUAUGUCGCCUUCUGGGGUUUCGGUGUACUUUCGGUGCUCGGUGUGAUAUUUAUAAUACUGCAACUUCCAGAGACUAAAGGACAGUCGUUUGCUGCGAUACAAGAGAGGUUGUAUUCCAGAAAUAAGGUUGCUUAUGUUAAAGAUGAGGAUCACAUGGCAAGAGUUAAAAUAACCUUGUGACGAAGUACAUUAUUUUAUAAAUAUGCAUAUUUUUUAAGUUAUUUAACAAUUGUAUAGUAUAAGGCGUUUGUUAUCUGUACUUUAAUAUUAUUCAGUACUUAAUCCUCCGUCCGCGCACUACGUGGCGACAUUCCGCAAAAGAACCUCAUUUGUCGUGGCCGUCUCCUCUGAUCUAACAUACCUAGUUGUUUGUAGUUACAUGGGAGCUAUUAAGACCAAAGAAUUCACUUUUAUGUAUUAAGGGACAAAUGUCGGGUUUCUUGUUUUGUUAUACGAUAGUACUUUAAAAUCAAGUUGGACUUCCAUUAAAAUUUAAUGUAUAGCAAAAAUGUGUACGUAAUAGAAGACUUGAUUUAUUGUUUCGUAUAGGUUUUCGUAUUAAGUUUGUUAUGAGUAUUACAUGUGCCAACAUUAACUUGAAGCAUCUACUUAAUGUUAAUACAAAGUCUAUCUGUGAUAGAUUCUUGAAGAAUAUAUGAAGCCUCUUAGAGUUGCCUUGUAAUAAGUAUUUUAUAUACUAUACACAGAUACUUACUAUUUAUAUAUAUGAUAUAAAAGUGCCUUUAAGCAAACACUACUAUAACUUCAACAAGUACAAACGUAGUAUAAGCUGCUGUAAUGUAAGUUGUUCGCGUAACUUCAACAUGUUUAAAGACGUUUACGCUUCAAUCCUACAGAAUACAGAUAAAUAUUAUAUCGAAUCUCUUGCUCCUGAACGGAUCCGAGAAUAGUGUGGAUGAUAGUAUUAUAAAUGAUCUAGCUUCAACCGACUUCACAAUGCCACGUUUACAAAAAAGGUUUAUAUUACACAUUGUAUUUUGAAUUAGAAACUCUUUCGAAUUUAUACUCAUUAGAACACCCUAAAAAAAUAUAACCAGACCGUUGGUUUCCAAUACGUAAAUAAAAGCAAAUAAAUAUUCAUUCGUGUAACGUAAAGUUGCAUGAAAAUCAUUACAGUUUUUCUUUCUGUUUGAAAAAGAGGUGUUACUUAUUUUUCUUGUUUGCCAGCGGUCAGAGCAAGCGCACUUCAUUAAGGCUUCACAUUUUUGCAUCCAACUUACUCUAACACCACUUAGAAACUUGUCUGCUUGUUACGACCGCCAAAUUUCGGUCGGUUUUAAGCCGUCUGGAUUAUAUUGGCACACUGGAAACAACUGAGCAUGUUUACGAUGUGUUGUGACUUUGCUUGUUGUGAAAUUUUCAAUUGAGAAUUUAGGUUGAUCGCUAGCUUAGCAUAGCUGAAAAUGAGGGGUUUAAGGCUAAUGUACACUGUGUAUUUUAUACACUUUGACUACGCGCUAAUUAGCUGAAGAUUGACUAACAAAUGCUGUUGUAUAGGCAAGUUUCUAAAACGAUGAUCAUCGGAACGUAUAGGAUACAAGGUGUGCACAAGUCCUUAUUCAAUAUAGAUAACAAUAAAACAAAAGAGUUUGAAUUGCAUGAUUUUAUGAGAGCCGGUUUGCUCUCUGCAUGGCGUGGUAUUAUACCUUCUUAGAACUUAACCUCUAUAUAUUGCAAUAUGUCUAGAAGUUUGAUAAACAAAUUGGCACUCUAUUUCAUCGAAUAUAAGUUUCGAAUUUCUAUAUUAGCCAUAAAAUAUAAAGGUUUUGGUGAUAUGAUCAUGAAUAUGGACCAGUCUAGGCUUAGGAUAUAAGAUUAUACUUACUUAGAAAUGCAUUUUAUGAUUGUUAUUAUUAUAAAACAUUUGGUGCUGGUCGAAAAUAAAUAGUGAAACCAGUUCCUUUCCAGCAUUAAGUGUUUCAAGUACUGUUACGGUACUAAAAAUAUUUAUUAAUAACUUACUAAUAUAAUAAUAAUUUUAAUUAAGGUUUUAUGUACUUAGGUCGCACAGCAUUUAAUGUAAGAUAUUAUGUAUUGGCGUGCCUUAUUGAACAAUACUGUACAUUAAAAUAAUAUAUAUUUACAUAACGUACACAUCAGUUUCUUGGUCGUUUUUUGAAAUUGUAAAAGUUUUUAUCACAUCUGUCAAUUUCUUGAAGUGUCUAUUAAUUAAUUGAAAUAAAUCAUUUUAAUUAUCUAUUUUAUAUUAAUAAUUUUGAAAAUCGAAUUCAUGCUAAAUAUACAAGGUACAUGUUUAUUUUUCAAUUUAUAUUUAUGUUUUUGACGAUGAUUUUAUUAACAUCGUAUUUUGACAGAUAUGAUAAAUCCUACCAGAUAAUUACCUAUAUUUAUAAAUAUUUAUGUAAAGUACUCGUGGUAAUACAAAUUGUGAUGAUAGAACAUUCCGAAAGUCUCACGGAACCCGUGCCAUUUAUACAUAAACUUUGUCGGAAUGCAAUGCAUGUGAUGUCUUUAUGAAAUAUUUGUAAUUAAAACAUAUUGUGAUAACCUAAA